AUGACCAGGGGUGCUCGGACGUGUCGGCAGCAAGAUGACGGCUUAAACAUCCGCUCUGCACCCCGCCAGCACGAGAAGCCAUCCGCUGAUUCGGAACGGGCCCAGCGAUGGCGACUGAGCUUGGCCUCCUUCUUGUUUGCGAGCGUCCUGCUCGCUGAUCGCCUGUGCCUCUGCGCCGCGGCCAUACGGACGAGCACUAAAGGCGAGCGACGGGACGCGGUGGCGUUCAGGGACACGAGGGAACAGGUGCACCGAUCUUCUCCCGGCACCACCGACUAUACUCAUCUUUACGCAGGGAAUUCUAGCACACCUCUGUGGAGACUGGAAGCGUGUCACCCCGACAGCGUCUCCAAAAGCUGCUUCGCGGUGGCGGACCCCGUGUCCGCGUGUUCGGGCCUCUCGGACGCCGAGUGGAACCUGAGUGAUUUGUACCUGCCCUUUUGUGAUUCCUACUCCCUUUUGGAUUUGUUUUACGGGUUCUCGAGUCCGGACAACGUGAGCUGCGGCCUCGACAUGUCGGCGUGUUCCCGGUGCGUCGAGGCUUACCAGCGCCUCGACCGGCGAGCUCAGGAGACGUACCAUGAGUUUGAGCUCCUGGUUCAGAAAUACGAAACGGACGCGUAUUCGGUGCGGACAUGCAUGGAUGAAUGCACGACUGUCUACAAACACUGGCUGUGUUUCCAGUACUUCCAGACCACACAGAUGCAUUGCAGUAACAGGAUCCCAUGCAGACAGUACUGCCUGGAGGUCCAGCAGAGGUGUCCAUUCAUAUUGCCUGACAAUGACGAGUUAAUUUAUGGUGGAAGCCCUAGUUUUAUAUGCACAGGGCUUCUAGAAGACAGCUCUUCAGAUGUAGAAGCAGAGUGCUGUGACGUUCGAUGGGACAGCAAGUCUGACAACAGCUCCAAAGGGACUUUGAAAAGAACUCACCCGUCAUGCCAGCACGGGACGUCUCUGAGCUCGUCAGCAAACUCCAGACUGUGCAACAGCAGGCUCAAACUGUGCUUGCUAGUCCUGGUCCUGCUCCAUACUGUGGCCACAAUCACAGCCUCCCACAACCUCAGCACCAUGUCCUCCCUGGAGGAGAACUCCACUAAUGAGGAGUGACGAGGCAGACGAUCAUUACAGCCAGCAAACGUCAGUAGUCAGUCCAGUUCGGAUUGAUUGCAGAGCUUUCUGGGACUCCUAGUGCAGGACGGGAUUACUGUGGACAUGCAAUCAACAGAGCAAACAAACGGACUGACUCGCGAACAUCAAAGAACACUGGACAAACUUAGUCCAAUGUCAUGAACAAGGGACAACACCACAGCCUUUUGUUGAAAGAGACCUCUCUAGGGUGGAGUUCUCUCGCACCAUAUUUUUUACACUGUGUCAAAUGGUUUGGAUUUCAGUUGCACUAGAUGACUACAGGAUCUCUUCAUGUUCUUGUUUUCUUUUCAUUACUGGUCUUUGUGCAGGAAAGGAUAGGACACAUGGAUGGGUUACGUGUAUAUUAUAAAAAUGAAAAUACGAGUGUGUGCAUGUGUGUGUAUGUGUGCAUAUCUGUACCCACCCAUAUGCUUCAUAAAUGCUGCUCUGUCCAUCACAAGGACUACUAUGGAGCCUAGGGAAGAGUUCUAAGUCAGAAAGUACAAAUCUACCUAAUUAAGUCCAAAUCCUGAGCUCAAACCUAGCAUUCUGAUUUACUAAUUGAUUCUCCCUUGCUAAAGCUAAUACAGUAGUUCUGCCAGUGCAAUGCGUUUGGGACAGUAGGUCAUGUGGUUUUGAAGCACCGGUUACGUGUGCAAUAUACAAAAAAAAGGUUAUUGACUGGAUAUAGACAUGAUUGUUAAAAAAGACUUUGUCAAAUUUAAUCUUUCGAAAUAUGAUUCAUUAUAGAGGGAAAUGUUUCCUCUUUUCUAUGUCCACUCAACUACCACUAAAGCAUACAGUCCGUAAU